AGCCUCAGUUUCCCGGCAAGCCUCACGGCGGGGGUGUGAAUGCUCGUGUAGCUUCCAGGGAAACGUAGUUCGGCAGCCUCCAUCGCCAGUUGUCUCCGCGAGAGAUGAACUCGGUUUCCCUAGUGGCCCUGCGGCUGCAAGUCCAAAAUCAGACUUUCCCGGUCUACAGAACGGUUUGAACCAGGUGGCGGCUGUAGUCGCUGGCACAAGUUCGGGGUGAUGAUGCCUGUGUCUUGGAUCUGGAGAGGUCUGGAUCAAGAAUCGGCACUCUCAAGUCCCACCUGAUAUCUGCGUAUCAGAUCCCCACUCUGACGUGUGGUUUUACUGGGCUGUGCCUCGGGUAUUCCAGGCUAGGAGACGCCAGGAGGAAACCUCGCAGAAGGUUAUGAGUAGGAACCUGAGCUGGUCUGAGCACCUCGACGCACUUCUCAAUGCUACUAAUGGAAAUAUAGCUAGGAUUAAGCAGCAUCUGUAUCCUCUUGGAGUCUCCACAGCAGGAGACCUGCCUGGGACCUGGAUUUCCCCUCAUCAUUUGCCUCCACAGUCUGGAGGCCAAGCUCAACAGUCUCGGGUAGAGACUCCCUUUGUUCCAGACAGGCUGAGUUGGGCUGAGGCCCACAGAGGAUCUCUCUGGGAUGAAGUUAUUAUUCUCCGGUCCCAGCUUCAAUCCCAGGCUCAGGUGACUGAGACACUGAGGAAGGCUGUGCAGGGGCUGCUGGAAGAGCGAGAGCUGCAGAAGUAUCAGAUCCGUGCUCUGGAAGCAUCACUAAGGCUGCUGCAGGGGGGCCCAGAGCAGAGAGCCCUCCUCUUGGAGCAACGCGUGGAGGGUCUGAGAAAGGAACUGCAGUGCCUUCGAAGCCAGGUGCAGGAACAGGCCCAAGCCCAAAUACAAACAGGACCACGAAAGUGCAGCGCUACUAGUGGUCUUCACCAAGAGCUGCAGAAUGAGCGGCAACUCCUAUGGGAGGAAUCAGAGAUUCUUCGGGAGGAACUAAAGCUGCUGCGGGACCAGCUGAGUCAGCACCAGGAGCUGCUGCUGAAACAGAUGGCUGAGGGGCAGCAAGCUCAGGCCCACAGCUGGAAGAUGUUGGAGGAGCUGCAAAGUGGCCAGGAGGGCAAGGAUCAAACUGUGGAGGCUGCCACAGGACAGAGGCCCAGGAUGCCCCAUGCGAUCACAACCUCCUCAGGACCUCCGCUCACAUCCUCCAGUCUAAGAUUGCCCCCGUUCACUGGGUAUCUUUCUUCAUCUAGCUCUGAAGUCAGUCUUCUAGACAAUAACAGCAGCUGGAAACCUUUAAUAUAGCUAGAUCUCCAGAGGAGCACACUUUCUAACCUGGAGCCCAGCAGCUUACAGCUAUAGGCCCAGAGCCUUGAGCAGGAGAAACUCUUCUUUAAGGGCCCCACAAUGUUCCUGAGUGACCUGUAAGGACUUGUAAGAGUAGUUUUGCUCACCUUCCUCUCCAAGGCCCUGUUUCUCUUGAUCUAGCUGGUAUCUGCCCUCUCUACUGAGGCUUGUCACUGCCUGCCUAACCCUGUCCAUCAACUGCAAUAAAAUGUUUUAACCCCCCCUGA